ACCCAAAAUACCACUACAGACAAAACUAAAAUAAGACAAGACAAAACAUGUAACAGAAAACAAAUAAUCCUUAUAACCAUUUUUACUUGGUAAAGUGGUUAACAAUUUAAAUAUUGUUGUUAUUAUUCCAAUAUACCAAUUUAAAUAUUAUUGUUAUUAUUCCAAUAUACCAAUUUGAAUAUUAUUGUUAUUAUUCCAAUAUACCAAUUUGAAUAUUAUUGUUAUUAUUCCAAUAUACCAAUAGUAAAUAUAUAUGUGCUUUAAAAUCAAUUGACAUUUCAUAUGGGUUAACCCACAUGAGUCUAACCACCUAACUAUCCAUACAUAGUCCAUGCAAUUGAUCUUCCCUCCUCCCAUACUAUAAAAAGCUUCUCAUAUUCCACAUAAUAUUGUAUACCCUCAAGAGAAAAGGCAAAAUAUAAAUUCAACAAAAAAUGGGGAGAACAUUUGGUAUCAAUUUAUUAGGAAAAAAAUCAUCAAAGUUAAUGUCUUAUUUAGAUCAUGCAAUAACAAGAAAUUCAUAUAUCAAGAAUAGGCAACAAGCUCUUUACUCAUUUUUGCAUUCGGAUGUGCUUCAACUCCUCAAUCUUGGUCAUCAACAACAAGCUCUAAUUCGAGUUGAGCAUGUAAUAAAGAGCAAGGAUAUGUUGGAUGCAUUGGAUCUUAUAGACUCUUAUUGUAAUCUUCUUGCACAAAAUGAGUCAUUGAUUGAGAAAAGCAAGGAGUGCCCAAAUGAAUUUAAGGAAGCUAUAGGGAGCUUAAUUUAUGCAUCUUCAAGGAUAGGAGAUUUCCCAGAACUACAACAUAUUCGAAAUUAUUUCACAUUGAAAUAUGGGCAGCAAUUUGUGCUUCAAGCUCUUGAAUCUCCUACAAGUUUUGGUGUCAAUGAUAAGAUUAUACAAAAGUUAUCAAGAAGCGAACCAAGUUUGGAAACCCGAUUUAACUUCGUAAGGAAAAUUGCAUCCAACAAGGAUGUUACCCAAAUGUUAAGCAAUAGUAAAUAAUUCCAAUUUAUGUUAUAUUAUCUUUUGAUUUUUUAAUAGUUAGAUUUCCUCUAAUUCUCACAUAAAAGAAAGAAAAGAAAGAAAUGUGUGUAGUUUUGUUAAAUGGUUGUUAAUCUUAUAAUACUCUUUGUCUUAUACUUAUUAAGAACAUAUUUUAUAGUAAAUAUGUAUAUUUAUAUGUAUGUAUAUCUAUUAAUAAUUGCUCUAGUUG